AUGGAUAGGUUCUGGGCUGGGCACCCUGUACCCUGGCGUAGCGGCAAGCCAGCUGCUUUCCCGAAGCUGCCCGCUCCUUUCUCUCCGGCCCACGGCAGCCAGCCAGUACACUCACCGCGGCGCGAGCCAGCGACCAUGCCUCCGACUACGGCCACCCGAACGUCUACACGCCAGGGCCGGGCAACGGUACGGCCUACCAAUUACUACGCGCGCACGUUUGCCGGCAGACUCGCUGCCAGCGGCAUGGAGCAGACGCCAGAAUCCUCCAACAGCGCGCCUGGCUUCCUGCCGGCCCUCACACACUUUACCGGUGCUGUCGAUGCCUUCCCCAAGGAGAUGAUCAAGCAUUUCUCCAUGUUCAAAGAAGUCGAGGCCAAACUGCACGAUCCCGAGCAUAUGCUCAAGGAGCUGCUCGAUGAGAUUGCCGAGCAACCCGUCACAACCAAAGCACAGCUGGCAGCCGCUGAGCAGAACGCCGUUGAGACAGAAAACAUGGCCACUCUCUUCCCUCCCAAGCCUGACAGUAUCCUGCCCGACCGCCAGGCCAUUAUGCACAAGCGCCAGCUCUUCUUUCGCCUGCGCAUGCUCAUCGCGAAUAUGCUCCCAACACUAGACGAGAAGCUGGUGGUGCUGCAGGGUGCAAAGUCCACCAAGGAAAAGGGCCUCAUGCGCAUGCAUCAUUCUUUCGCCCACCUCGACACCGAGAUCAGCGAAGAAGCCCGAUAUGGUAGUCUUACGCAUUGGGCGUACGCAGACAAAGAGGAAAAGAAGAAGGGGGGCCCUUCGCAUGAGCGACAGAGGCGCGAGGUGGCGGCUGCCAACAAUCUGGCUGCGGCAGCUCAACAUGUGCAUGACGUCGACUCAAUUGCAGCUAAAAGUGAAGCGCGACGCGAGGCAGUACAGGCGAACAAGCGCAGUCGACACCAGCAGGUCGAUUCAGACUUUGACGACCGGCCCGCCAAGAAGCCGCAGAAGAGAAAGCCUGUACCUGCAGACGCGACUGCAACCGACAAUCGGCACAUCGGCUUGGGAAUCUCGCACAAUGGCGCAGGCCUGCAUGGGAAGCGAAAGAAGACUGAAAAGGCAGCCUCUGCUGCUGCUGCGGCGGCGGCGGCGGCGCCAGCAGCAGCGCCACUGAUGGAGCGCUCCCUGAGCAGCGCCGUAAAGGCUACAGGUACAGUUGGGCGGGCUGGAUCAAGUCCAAGAGGAACCCCAGCUCCAGAGAAUGCUCCAGCUGCCAAGCGGAAACCGCGAGCAGCUCCUGUCCCAGCUCAGCGCAAGAAUCAGUUCCCAACUCAUUCGCCGCCGCCGACGUCAUCACCGCUCGCAGCUAGCUUCGCCAUCAAUAAAGCAACGUCUGGAGUAUCGGAUCGUCCGUUGUCCGCCCGUGCUAGGAAGAACUCGAUAGCAACUUCUGUCACGUCUGGGAAUACCCAAGAGACCUCCAAUGCUCGUAGACCCUCAUCUGCACAUUCUGUAGAGCAAGCUGCCAGCAGCAAUGCCAUUACCGAACUUGAGCAAGCCGCCGGUAUAGUGCGCAAUACCGAAUCAGCCAAGGAUACAACGGUAUUAAAGGAUGGCGUAGACGCAUCACAACUAUUUGAUACGUCGGCCAUGAAGCUGGAAGAUUUGGGCCACCCAGAGGUUGAGCCUAUGGAUAUCGACAUGCCUACUUUAAUACCAGGUUCUGCUAAAACAGGGAGGGCCUCCAAGACUGGCACCCCUGUCGCUGGAGCCUUCCCCGAUGUACCCAUGGUGCGCAGUCGCAGCACGCGCAACGGAAACAACGGCAAUUCAAACUCAAAUGCAUCGUCAGAGAACAACAGUACUACUACAGGAGUAGUGUCGAAGCGUAGCAGUAAGAAGAUCGCACAGACUACAUCGAAUGCACCGCUUGCUUCGCCAGCACUGAAGACCACGCCGAACGUCAAGUCGAAUCCUCCAUCGUCCGUGGCUAGCUCCAAUGCCCAGGAACAAGAUUAUCAAGAAGCCGAGGCGGAGGCGGAAAUCGAGUCGGACGACGACGGCGAUGAACCGCGAUAUUGCUAUUGCAACGAAGUGUCGUACGGCAACAUGAUCGCCUGCGAUAAUGAUGACUGCCCACGGGAAUGGUUCCAUCUGGCCUGUGUACAUCUUGAAAAAGCGCCUACUGGCAGAACGAAAUGGUUCUGCAGUGACGAGUGCAAAGAUGUGCACACCAAGGCCAAGGCGAAAGGGGGUCGACCUGGAAGCAGUCGACAAUAG